AUGCUCUCCAACAUUCCAAGCUCUGUGUCGCAUACAUCUGAACAUGAUUAUUGGUGGCCUCAGCUGAGGCGUCUUCGCGUGCGACCAUUCCGCCAAGCCUGGACCGGCUGCUGCAACUUCUGCUCAGCUGUCCUUUUGUCCACUGAGAAAUCAGGCUGGUGUUGUGUAAACGGCAGUCGAAUGGCCUCUAAGCUCCGACCGUACCCACCGCACUUUCAAAGUUGGAUUGACACCACGACCUUGCCACUAUCAGCUAUCAGCCGCCGCUUGAAUUACCUUUUCGCUUUCUCUGCGAUUGGAGCUUCCGAAGGGUUUUUCCAUUUUGGCGUGCCAGCUGACGUCGUUGUCUCGGGUCGGAUAUAUCAUCGACUGCUUAACUCAUCCAACAGUGAUCACAGCCUGCGUUGGCUUCUGUAUGAUGAAGACGCCCGGUCCCAAAAGGCCGCGAAUACGAAUGUGCCGUUUGCUGCCGUUCAGCAAGCAAAGCGGUUACUCCAGGCCGUCAAUUCAUACCUUUCUACAAUCUGCCACGCUUUACAGCAGGUCCCUAGUGACGCAACACCGUUGGCUGUGGAGCUCAAAGAUUUGUCUCCAAGUGGUGAAAUUGCGGCCGUUAUCAACACGCAGAGUCUCAGCACUGUCGACGGCUCUUAA